UUGACGUUUUUCAGGUGCAGUGUUUUCCAGUGCCAUUUUCAAUUUGCUUGUUUAAAAGUCUGGGUAAGAAACUCGGUAUUAUUGAAACAUGGCCUUGAGUGACCUUGAGUUGAACAGUGGCACGAAGAUGCCCAUUUUUGGCCUUGGAACUUGGCAGAGCAGGGAUGAAAGUGCGGAAGCUGCGAUUGACUGCGCCCUGGAAAACGGGUAUCGGCUGAUUGACACCGCUUACGUAUAUGGAAAUGAGGCUCUUGUCGGGAAAGUUCUCAAGAAACACUUCGACUCUGGAAAGCUCAAGAGAGAGGACAUCUUCAUCACCACGAAGCUUCCAAACACUGCAAACAGACCGGAAUCCGUUGAGAAAUACUUGAAGAAAGAAUUGGCCAGCCUUGGAUUGGAUUACGUCGAUUUGUACUUGGUGCACAUGCCAGUUGGACUGGUUGAACUGAGCGAAGAUGACUUGUUGCCUACAGACAAAGAAACGGGUAUGGCGUUGUUUGAUCCCGACAGUGAUCAUGUCAAGUUGUGGAAGGCCAUGGAAGAGCAGUUUGAAGCAGGCAGAGCAAAGGCCAUCGGUGUCAGUAACUUCAAUAUCCAGCAAUUGCAGCGAAUUCUGGACAACUGCAAAAUUCCGCCGGCAAACAACCAGGUUGAAAUUCAUGCGUAUCUUCAGCAACCGGAAUUGGUCAAGUUUUGUGCGGACAAUAAGAUCACUGUGACCAGUUAUGCAACUCUGGGUUCUCCAGGAAGAGUAGAUUUUCAUGAGGCUCUGGGACUUCCAAAAGCAGAAAUCCCAGAUUUGAUGGAAAAUCCGGUUGUUGUGGAAAUUGCUGAAAAGCAUAGCAAGUCACCUGCUCAAAUCCUCCUGCGUUUCAUCAUGCAAUCGGGCAUUGCUGUGAUCCCCAAGUCCGUAACACCUGCGAGGAUCAAGUCAAAUUCUGAAGUUUUCGAUUUUGAAUUGUCUGCUGAUGAGAUGGCUUCAAUGAAAGCACUGGACAAAGGGCCGAAAGCUCGUGGUUUCACCAUGGUGGAUAUUUUCAAGGGGAUUGUUGAUCAUCCCGAGUUCCCCUUCCACGACACUCUCAAAGCUUAAAGUUUCAUUGAAGAAUCUGAAUUCAGCGCAAAUUUUGGCACUCCAGAAAACCAGUGAAGGCUACUGUAUUGAAGGGACAGAUGUGCUUCAAGGGCGGAAGUUUUCUGCGAAUUUUUUUCUGGAAAAUAUUGAAAUACUGUUAUCUUUUGAUCCUGUGGCAGAAAUAAAGCAUUCCUGGAGAUUUUCUUGGAAUGUUUCAUGAGA